CUCAACUUGUUAAAUAACUAUUCCAUCAAAUCAAAAUCAAACACCUCGAAACCAAUCGAUAAUUUUAAUCCCAAUCCGAGCAUCAAAAAAAGAUGAGAAUCAUCAUCAAAGGUGGUGUUUGGCGUAACACAGAAGAUGAAAUCUUAAAAGCAGCUAUCUCAAAAUAUGGAAAAAAUCAAUGGGCUAGAAUCUCUUCUUUAUUAGUUAGAAAAACUCCAAAACAAUGUAAAGCUCGUUGGUAUGAAUGGUUAGAUCCAUCAAUUAAGAAAACUGAAUGGUCUAAAGAAGAAGAUGAAAAACUAUUACAUUUAGCUAAAUUAAUGCCAACUCAAUGGCGUACGAUUGCACCAAUUGUAGGUAGAACGGCCAAUCAAUGUUUAGAAAGGUAUCAAAGAUUAUUAGAUGAAGCUGAACAACGUGAUACAGUUGAAGGUGGUGAUGAACUUGGUUUGACGGGUACAGGAGCUGAAGCUGGUCCGAGUGCUGAUGAUGUUAGAAGACUUAGACCUGGUGAAGUAGAUCCUGAUCCGGAAGCUAAACCUGCUAGACCUGAUCCGAUCGAUAUGGAUGAAGAUGAGAAGGAAAUGUUAUCAGAGGCUCGAGCUAGAUUGGCUAAUACUCAAGGAAAGAAAGCUAAGCGUAAGGCACGAGAACGUCAAUUAGAAGAAGCGCGACGAUUGGCUAUGUUACAGAAGAAGAGGGAAUUAAAAGCAGCCGGAAUUAUGAUGCGAAUGCGACCCAAGAAAGAUGGAAUGGACUAUAAUGCAGAUAUUCCAUUUGAAAAACAACCAGCACCAGGUUUUUACGAUACCACA